AAUCAGUAUGAUGUGUAUGGAAAUCUAUUCGGGCUACUCGCAGCUCACCCGAUCACGCCGCUGGUGUCGCUACACCACCUCGACGUCGUCGAGCCGAUCUUCCCGAAUGCCACACGCCUCCAGGCCCUCCAACGUCUCAAAAUUCCAAUGGAUCUCGACUCCGCGGGGCUAAUGCAGCAGUCCAUAUGCUACCACAAGUCCAAAACCUGGACCGUGUCCGUCUCCUGGGGGUUCGCCAUCCAGGUCUUCCGCGGCAUUAUGUCACCGCGGGAGGUCGAAAUGCCAGCCAGAACAUUCCUCAAUUGGUACCGACGCGCGGAUUACACCGCCUAUGCAUUCAACACCCGACCCGUCAGCCGAAACCCCUGCCAAAAGGCCUUCUUGUUUUACUUCUCGGACGCCCGAAUGAACUCGACGACCGGGCUAACAGUCAGCAAGUACACCCGACACCGCGUGCCCCAACCGACAUGCAAGUGGAAGAGCCCGAGCCCGGCGAGCAUCGACAUUGUGAAGGUUGUGAAGAAACCAGACCCCAACUUGUGGGACAGGUCUCCGAGAAGAAAUUGUUGCAGAGUGAGGAGAACGAAGGAGAAGAAGACAAUGAUGGUGGAAGUGGGAGUAUGCAGGGAAGGUGAAAUCAGUGAAGUAUAAUUUUAAAUUCGUUCUAAUUAUUUUUUUUUAAUUAUUAGAUUAUCCUUUUUUUGGUUGAUUAGUUGUCCACCAUGGAUUUGAAUGUAGAGUAAGAUUAAGGUUG